UUUAGUUAAAAUCUUUCGUUAAAUAAAUCCACGAAACAGCUACCCUAACCAAGUUAUAACAAAAUCGGACACUAAAGGAUCAUUUUUUGUUUUUGUUCGUUUAGGAUAACCAUGAAGCUAGCCAUAGUGUUGGCAGCGUUCUGCUGCCUGGCGAUUGGAUCACUCGCGUCCCCAGUGUCGAAGGUCUCCGAGGAGAAGUCGUCGAACCAGAACGUCGUUGCGGCGGAGAGACAAGCGGUUCAACCACCUGCGGUUAGUGAAGACGAGGACGAUGACGACGACGACGAUGACGACAUCGAUCUCGAUAUCACGGGGGACGACGACGACGACGACGAUGACGACGACGAUGACGACGACGACGACGACGACGACGACGACGACGACGAUUCCGACUAUUUGGAACGCUUCAUCGAAGACAUAUUAGGAGAGGACGACGACGACGACGAGGAGGACGAAGCGGGCCCCGCGGCGCCGCAAGUUCCAGUGGCGGCGCAACCCCUGGCCCCCGCCAUUCCAGCUGCGGUCGAGGCUGAUCUGAACGCGGCCCAGGAAGCCGAAUUAGCCGCGGCCGCUGAGUCAGCCGCGGAAACUGCAGCUCUGGAGGACGAAGCGACUGGUCCCGAGGAAGACGAAGGUAACACCUUGUCCGAGGACCAAGCAGUCGCCGCCACUGCCCAAGAAACCGCCCUGGAAACAGCGGAAUCCGCCGCGAGUCCUGUUCACGUUCCCGCCGUUUCCACCAACGAGGCGGACGCGGACGACGAGGAUGACGACGACGACGACGACGAGGACGACGUCGACCUCGUCUACACCGAAGACGACGACGACGACGACGACGAUGACGACGACGACGACGACGACGAGGACGACGAUGAUGUGGACAGCAUCGCCGACAUCGCUGGCGCCAGACAAGCACGUGGUAUGCAGUCGAUACCAAGUAACGAUGUCUCAGCUAUCUACGUAGCAAAGUACAAUCGUUUCGUCGACACCAUCCUUGGGAGGAUUAACAAAAUUUUGCGCAGCAACUACGAUCCCGUAACGGUGAAACUGACUAAUCCGAAUUCGAAAACUAAAUCGAGUAAGCUGAAGAGCAAGGAUGUAACCAAGAAAAAGACCAACAAGAAUGGUUCGAAGAAAAGCACCAUGGGAACACUCGUAGCAGAAGCAGAGAAAACGAAAGAAAAAGUUCCUGAAAACACACAGGAAGUCAAGGAAUCUAUCAAAAACAUCACUUCGUCCUCGAUUAAUCUAGAGAAGGAUACAAUCGCAGUUUCCACGAGCAACGUUGCGAGCAAAUCUUCCACGAGAUCUGCGAUAAAACCCACUAAUCGGCGAACGUCUGGUUCAAACACAAGAAAGACAAAUAAAAAUCGCAUUGGGACAAAGAACAAAACAAAAAAUCAAGCUACGGUUAACAAAAAUAAGGUACAUAUCGUUUAUUUAGGCAAAUGGUGCUCUUACUCCGUACGAGACGUUCGUAUCAUCUGUUCUGAUACUCUACUGAUGCAAAUAACAGUGCGCUUGCGCGAGUUGGAAGCAACGCUAAAACACUUAAUGUUUAAUACUCCCAAUGUGGUUUCCCCUCCUAAAAUCAGAAUUGUUGAGUUCGAGUUAAGUGAAACCUUAGCGAUUCGAAUACUGCUCAAUUUGCAGACAAGGAAGAACAAACCAAAAGCACGAGCCACCCUUUACGGACUUGCUAGCCUUCAGAGAUCUGGAGAUGUGUCAGUGAACAUGAUGAGCAAUCACACCAUGAUUAAAACGAGGUUCACAUUGGGCCCUCUCAUUCUGAAGGUUGAAAAGGAAUUCGGCAGGUCUGCAAAGAAAGAACUGAGAAGUGCGACAGCCACCACUGCUGAGAUGUCUGGGAAAUUGAGUCUCCGAGUUCUUCAUGGUGGUGCUGCUACGUUGAACUCUAUUCGAGUCUUGCAACCUAAACAAGUUCGAGUGGAGAGCGCAGACGACCAUGACAGAACACGUGAGUUUGUAUGGAAGAGAUCAUCGCACAUUGCUCACUUAGUCUCAGAGAAAUUAUCAUCGGCGACGAGAUCGAUGCUGCGACCGCCACCUGCUGCAGUAGUAGUAGCUUAAGUUUUCAUCGUCGUCACAGUUAGUUUUAAUGAAUGCGCUCCACAGUACUAUACAAAUGAACAUAUUCAGAUUCUUUAAUUCAAAAUAGUUUCCUGUUACAGUACAUGUUUUUUAUUCUCUAAAUCAAAAUAGAUUCUUGGUAGAUUCGAAUUGAAGAAAUUGGAUGCGUGAAGUUUACGUAGACAUUAUUAUGUUUUGCGAAUUAAUUUAUACAUAGUAGAUGAGAAAUGCAUAUGUAUACUUUUGCAUGCCAAUUUUUAAUUGACUUUUUAAAUUUACGAGCAUACAAUGUCCAAUUCUUUGUUUAAACCGUGAUAAUAUUUGAUUUAUUAAUUUUGAAUGUAUUUAAUAUCUUUUUAUGAUAGUAUUCAUAUUGCAAUGAAUAAAUGCUCUGGUAUAAAUCUGAGGACUUAAAUAAGAGUCCAUAGAACAGUGCUAAUUCUUUUUCUUUAGAGUCGAACAAUGUGCGCUUUCAUUUUAUACUAACGUAUCCUACGGGUUAAAACUAUUUAUUUAUUUAAGUGUAUUUAUUUAUUUAUACAAAUUUCUAUACGUAUACAAAGUCUGAUACAUGUUUAAAACCGCGAUAUCUCAUCGAUGUGUAAUCUGCAUGUAAACUAUGUAAUGCUACAUGGAACAUGACAGUUAAACUUAAGUUUUAAAAAUAAAGAAAUAAUUUAAAUCAAUCAAUGUUUUGUACUACUAUUACAUUACUAUUCUAAUUAUACAUAUAUAUGUAUGUGAUAUAAAGUAAAGAAUACACAUUUUACACUUUACGCUUUACACUUUACACACUUUACACACUUCACAAUUUCCAUUUUACACUUUACAACUUCACAGCCAUUAGCUCGAUAUUACUCAUGACGAAGGACUGUUCAUCAUGAAUAAUACCGAUUACCAGGUCUCACCACGUGGAGGUUGCUGU